AUGGCUACAGGAUCCAGGGAUGCUGCAGCCUUCUUGGACAACCAGGCUCCUAAAGAACAGUUAGGACUUCUGGCAGUGAAGAUGGAAGAAGAGGAAGAGCCUAACCAUAUAGGGAAAUCUAGUCUACACAGAAGCAGUCCCUCCAACUGGGAGAUGUCUAGGCAUCGCUUCAGGAAUUUUUGCUACCAAGAUACCCCUGGUCCUAGGGAGGCUCUGAGUCAGCUCAGGGAACUUUGCUGUCAAUGGCUGAGGCCAGAAAGUUGUACAAAAGAACAGAUCCUGGAAAUGCUGGUGCUGGAACAAUUCUUGAGUAUCCUACCUGAGGAGCUGCAGUCCUGGGUUCUGAACCAUCAUCCGGAGACUGGAGAGGAGGCCGUGAGCCUGUUGGAAGAUUUGGAAAAGGAGUUUGAUGAAUCAAGACAGCAGGUCCCAGCCAGUAUACAGGGAAAGGAAGGGCUCUGGAACAAGAUGACUCCUCUGAGCUCAGCGCAGGAAUCCCAGUGGAGUAUACAGCUCCAGCCUGUGGAGACCAACCUUAAGUGUGAAUCUAAGGAACUCCACUCCCUCCAAGAGAGAGCUCUCCAAGUUCCUGCCUGCUUCCCAAAAGAGAGUUAUAGAGAUCUGGAAGCAGCAGUUGUGCUUCCUACUCCGAGGCUUCAGAGGUUGCUGAAGAUGGAAGAUAAAAUCUUGUCUCUGACCCCUGAGGAGUGGGGGCAGCUGGGGCCAUCUGAAAUGAACCUCUGUAGAGGUGACAUUCAGGAGGAUUUUGGGUACAUGGUCUCCUUGGAUGGUGAACUAAGGAUGGAUAUCAGAGAAAUGGUUCAAAAACAAGAACUUCCUGAGGAAUUACACCCAUCUUGCCAACUUAGUGGAGAAGUUCCCAGGGGUCUAGAGGGUGGAGAGUCUUGUGAACAAGAAAGCAGGUUAGAAAAAAAACAGAGAAACACUACUGGAAGAAGACAAUAUAAAUGUGAUGAAUGUGGGAAGUGUUUUGCUCAAAGUUCAGGUUUGAGUAAGCACAGGAGAAUCCACACUGGUGAAAAACCUUAUGAGUGUGAGGCAUGUGGGAAAGCCUUCAUUGGGAGUUCAGCCCUUGUUAUACACCAGAGAAUCCACACUGGAGAAAAACCUUAUGAGUGUGAAGAAUGUGGGAAAGCCUUCAGUCACAGCUCAGAUCUUAUUAAACAUCAGAGAGUCCACACAGGGGAGAAACCCUAUGAAUGUGAUGACUGUGGGAAAACUUUCAGUCAGAGCUGCAGCCUUCUUGAACAUCACAGAAUCCAUACUGGGGAGAAACCUUAUCAGUGUAGUAAAUGUGGAAAAGCUUUCAGGCGGAGUUCACAUCUUCUCAGACAUCAGAGAAUCCACAUUGGUAAUAGACUUUUUCAUGAUCCUGAGCAUAGGGAGGCCUGUGCAGGUAAGGAAGAGGUAGAAACCCAAUGGGGAAAUCUUGAAGGACAAGAAGUAUAUAAAUGUUUGGCAUGUGAGAAAAAUUUUACUGGGGUCACAGGUUUUGUUGAACAUCAGAGAAUCCAUGCAGGAGAAAAACUUUAG